GGGAUAUGACCACAAAGCCGAGCCGGUAUGUUUAAGAAACAUUUGGAGGUGAAGCCGAGCUCUAACAUUAAGUCGUCUGAGAAGAGGCGUUUGCAGGAAGAUGUACAGAAACACAUCGAAGGACUGAGAUUUCCUGGAAAACUCUCCAAGGCAUUUUUCAACAGCAAUGAGGUGAGCAAGGGCACACUAUUCUUUGAUUCGGAGACCAAGGAUCCAGUGUUCUUCCAGUUGCGUGAUGGCAAGAAUCUUGUUCCGACGUUGCACGAGCUCUGGGCAUCUGUCCACGGGUCAGAGCCACUCCAAAUGCCGGUUAUCAUGACCCACGAAGCUGUCAUUGAACGGUUAGUGAACGGGUCAGACCUUAUGAUCAGAGGCUGCAUUGAGCCGUAUGGUUCCGGCUUACGGUCUGGAGCUGUUGUGGCAGUUGUGGACUACAAGACACCGAACGUAGCGAUGGCGGUGGGGAAGUGUUUGAUGGAUUUGGAGGGUAAGCGUGAGGACGAGAUCCCGGAUUCGGGGAAGGUCGUGCAGGUGUGGACCGUUGUCGGGGAUCAUUUGGCGUCGCUGGGGAGAAGCAUGGAUGAGGUGUUGAAGGAGGCGGAAAGAAGAAAUGUUCAAGAACAACAGCAAAAGGGCGAUGCCGAGACACAGACAGAAGAUGCGGAACACGCCCUGGCGACUGUUUCGCUAGAUGAGAAGGACGAGAAGGACGAGAAGGACGAGAAGGAGGUCGAAGAGUUGAAGAAAGAAGUCGAAGUAAAAGUUGCUGAUGCUGCUGACGGAGAGGAUCACGAUGAGCCCGACGAGUACGUCAUGAGCACUGAGGACAUCGACGAGAUGUUCCGGAGGGCGGUGCUGUACACAUUGAACCAGGACAAGCUGGAGUUCCCGCUUCUGGCAUCCCAGUUCAUGUCAGGCCACGUGCUCAAGAAUCUCCCACCCGUGGACGACAGCGUGGUGAACAUGAAGCGGACGUCGUGGAAGAAGAGCGGCAAGUUUCUCAAAGCAAUGGAAAAGGAGACGUUGCUCAAGCUCAAGGGCAAGGACGACAAGCUCAGCGUCGUCUCUGUGGCACCCCGUUCCGACCCACGGGUGCUGAACUUUGUGCCGUACCGGAUCCAGGGCUUGGCGACACAGACGGCAGCCAAGACGGAUGCCAAGACGACGCCGGGGACGGCGGCCUCGUCCGAGGGAGCCGUCCCGCCUUUGGUCGUCAAGACGUACCUCAAGCCCAGCAACGCGUCUCGCAUGAUGUUCAAUCGUCUCGACGCCGUCUACGACUACUACUACACCGAAAACGAGAUAAAGGCCUUUGUGCAACGGUACAUGCGCCAGAACCCGCAGCUGGUGUGCCGAGCCAGCCCCGACUACAUCGAGCCGGAUGACAUCCUCGGCGGGUUCGUCCUGGCAGAUGUCCGGCGGGUCAAGCGUGUAGACAUGGUGAACAAAGUCGUCGCCUCCUGCACGCUCUACCACGCCGUGUACCGGGAGGGCGACGCCAAAAGUAACGACGUGCUCGUGAAGAAGCGUCUUGUGCCCAAGCGGGGAAAGCCGCCCACCGUGAGCAUCACCAUCGAGAGCGUCAAGGUCGGCCGCCGGGUCGUCACCCGUGUCUCCGGCCUCGACGCCUUCUACGUGGACACAGACCGCCUUGCCGACGUCCUCAAGGUCAAGUGCAGUGGCUCCUGCACCAUGUCGGACGAUCCGAGACGGGGACCGACGCUAGGCGUCCAGGGCAGCCACGAUGCGGCAGUCAUCAGCGUCCUCUCCAAGGACUGGGGGGUGCCGUCUGCGUGCUGCACCGUCGACAACAAGACCAGCUUCCGCAAGAAGCGUAAGUAGCCUUUGUAGCAUAUAUACUGUAUGCAAAUUAAGAAAGUCCUGUCAGAA